AAAAUCUCCUUCAAAUUUCUCCUCUCCAUCUUUUCCACUUCUUCUCAAUGGAGUGGAUUAGAGGACCCACCAUUGGUCGCGGCGCUACCGCCACCGUCUCCCUGGCCACCGCUGUCCCCUCCGGAGAGCUCUUGGCGGUUAAGUCCACCGAGCUUUCCCACUCUGUGUUCUUGCAAAGGGAGCAACGUUUCUUGUCCAAAUUGAGCUCUCCCCACCUAGUCAAGUACUUGGGGUAUGGAAUUACCAAUGAGAACAAGCAGCCUAUGUUCAAUCUCUGCAUGGAGUAUGUUCCCGGCGGCACACUUUCAGAUGAAAUUCGCAGGCAAGGUGGGAGAUUGGAGGAGGAAACGAUCAGAUUGUACACUCAACAGAUUCUACAAGGUUUGGAUUAUCUUCAUAUCAAUGGUUUGGCACAUUGUGAUAUCAAGAGCAAGAACGUUCUGUUGGGUAAAUCUGGCGUGAAGCUAGCCGAUCUGGGGUGUGCUAAAUUGGUGGGAGAUGUUUCUGCGUCAGGGUUUUCCGGUACACCGGCGUUCAUGGCACCGGAGGUGGCACGAGGAGAGGAACAGGGGUUUGCAGCGGAUAUAUGGGCUCUUGGAUGCACGAUCAUAGAAAUGAGUACCGGAAAUAUGCCGUGGCCGGAGCUGAAUGACCCUGUCUCAGCUCUCUACAAGAUCGGAUUUUCCGAUGAGUCGCCGGAGAUUCCAAGCUGGUUUUCGAAGAGAGCUAAAGAUUUCUUGGGGAAAUGCCUGAAAAGGGACGCAAAGGAUCGAUGGACGGCUACAGAAUUGCUCAAACAUCCAUUUCUGGAAAAAACAGAGCCCAACUCAGGGGAUGAAAAGGGGUUCCAAACAAUUUCUCCAAAUACCGUAUUGGAUCAAGGAUUCUGGAAUUCAAUGGAGCUUUUGGAAAGUCCCAGGAAUCUGAUUAAUGAAGAUUCUUCUUCUUCAAAUUCUCCUGUGGAGAGGAUCAAGAACUUGGUUGGAAGUUCACUGUCCCCUGAAUCAGGCAUACCGGAUUGGACCUCGAGUGAAGACUGGUUCAGUGUUAGACGCAAUGGCAUUGAAGACAACAGGGGAUAUUCUGGUUCUGAUGAGGAAAAUAUCAUGGUAGAAAAUGACCCACCAAUUCAGACUGCAUUUUUCAUGGAUUCUCAUGAAGAAGAGAUUAAAAGUUCAUUCUUAGAUGAGGAUGAAUUCCUAGAAUAUUAUGUAGAAAACACCAUUGAUUUUAGCAGUAUUACAGAUGAAUUUGUAUUAGACAGUCCAAAUUUUGUAAAAGACAAUGACAAUUCUUCCAUGAGUCAUCUUGACAAAUCACAUCCUAAUCCUAUGAUAGGACUCCUAUAGUUUAAUGAAGAAAUGAGGGAAUA